AUGGGAAAGAGGAGGGAAAGAAGAAGAGAUAAUGAUCAAUUUGUGAAAGAAAAAAUGGCUUUCGAUAUCAUGUUACAGAGAAAAAUGAAACUUUAUUGUCGGGCUUAUCUUGUUGAUGCUCAUAUUCUUCCCGAUGAUUCCUCAAAAGCAUCAGUCUCUAAAGACACCGAAUGGCAACGUCUUCAUGACAUUAAUCGCACAUGGAUAUACAGUACUAUUAGCCCAAGUCUUCUUCCAUCUAUUGUUCGACCCGAUGAUAGUGCUCUUGACGCUUGGAAACGAGUAGAAAAAAAUUUUCACAACAAAACUUUCUGUAUUCUUCACCUUAAGUCUCAAUUUAAUGAAAUUUCCCUCUCUAAUUUUCCGAAUGUCAAAUCUUAUUGUAAUGAACUUGAGCAUAUUGCUACUACUCUUACCAAUCAUGGUACUACUAUUUUCGAUAGUCUUUUGACGCUUCAAGUUUUACUUGGCCUCACCUCCGAUAAUCGUACAUUUCGAUCUUUGGCGCAACAUUUAAAGCCUACCCCUUCUUUUGAUUCUCUUCGGUCCAUGCUUGAGUUGGAAGAGCAUACUAAUAAUAAAGACAAAUCCCCUUCUUAA